GCGGGCAGCGGGACGGGACCGGGAGCCAUGCCCACCAACUUCACCGUGGUGCCGGUGGAAGCCCGCGCCGACGGCACCGGGGACGACGCGGCCCAGCGCUCGGAGGCAGAGGUUUCCCCUGAGGUCACCGAGCCCGCCGGCUCCAGCCCUGGAGAUGGGCACCCCAGAGAGAACAGCCCGUUCAUCAACAAUGUGGAGGUGGAGAGAGAGAGCUACUUUGAAGGGAAGAACAUGGCGCUUUUUGAGGAAGAGAUGGACAGCAAUCCCAUGGUGUCGUCGCUGCUCAACAAGCUCGCCAACUACACCAACUUGAGUCAGGGCGUCGUGGAGCAUGAGGAGGAUGAGGACAGCCGGCGGCGAGAGGUCAAGGCUCCACGCAUGGGCACCUUCAUUGGCGUCUACCUGCCCUGCCUGCAGAACAUUCUGGGUGUGAUCCUCUUCCUGCGCCUGACCUGGAUCGUGGGGGCGGCCGGCGUCCUGGAGUCCUUCCUCAUCGUGUCCAUGUGCUGCACCUGUACCAUGCUCACAGCCAUCUCCAUGAGUGCCAUUGCCACCAACGGUGUGGUCCCAGCGGGUGGUUCAUACUACAUGAUAUCCCGGUCACUGGGACCCGAAUUUGGAGGGGCUGUUGGCCUCUGCUUCUACCUGGGCACGACGUUCGCAGGCGCCAUGUAUAUCCUGGGGACCAUCGAGAUCUUCCUGACGUACAUCUCCCCGAGCGCGGCCAUCUUCCAGGCGGACGCGGCGGAGGGCGAGGCGGCCGCCCUGCUGCACAACAUGCGCGUGUACGGGAGCUGCGCCCUGGCGCUCAUGGCCGUGGUGGUGUUCGUGGGCGUCAAGUACGUCAACAAGCUGGCGCUGGUGUUCCUGGCCUGCGUGGUGCUCUCCAUCCUGGCCAUCUACGCCGGCGUCAUCAAGACGGCCUUCGCCCCGCCCGACAUCCCGGUCUGUCUGCUGGGGAACCGCACCCUGGCAAAUCGUAGCUUCAAGGACUGCGCCAAGAUGCAAGAGGUCAGCAACGGCACAGUGACCACCACCCUGCUCUGGGGCCUCUUCUGCAACGGCUCUAGCCUGAGCGCCCCUUGUGACGAGUACUUUGAUAAGAACAAUGUCACCGAGAUCCAGGGCAUCCCGGGCGUGGCCAGCGGCGUCUUCCUGGACAACCUGUGGAGCACAUACUCAGACAAAGGAGCGUUUGUGGAAAAGAAAGGAGUGCCCUCGGUGCCCGUGUCUGAAGAGAGCCGGCCCAACGGGUUCCCGUACGUCCUCACAGACAUCAUGACCUACUUUACCAUGCUAGUUGGCAUCUAUUUUCCCUCCGUGACAGGGAUCAUGGCGGGAUCCAACCGCUCCGGGGACCUCAAGGAUGCCCAGAAGUCCAUCCCCACGGGAACCAUUCUGGCCAUCGUGACCACGUCUUUCAUUUAUCUGUCCUGCAUAGUGCUGUUCGGGGCCUGCAUCGAAGGCGUGGUCUUGCGAGAUAAGUUCGGGGAGGCCCUUCAGGGGAACCUGGUCAUCGGCAUGCUGGCCUGGCCAUCGCCCUGGGUCAUUGUCAUUGGCUCCUUCUUCUCCACUUGCGGGGCUGGCCUGCAGAGCCUGACUGGGGCACCGCGUCUGCUGCAGGCCAUUGCCCGCGAUGGCAUCAUCCCUUUCCUGCAGGUGUUCGGCCAUGGCAAGGCCAAUGGGGAGCCCACGUGGGCCCUGCUGCUCACAGCCCUCAUCUGCGAGAUGGGCAUCCUUAUCGCCUCCCUGGACAGCGUGGCCCCCAUCCUGUCCAUGUUUUUCCUCAUGUGCUAUAUGUUCGUGAACCUGGCCUGCGCCGUGCAGACCCUGCUGCGCACGCCCAACUGGCGUCCCCGCUUCAAGUACUACCACUGGACCCUGUCUUUCCUCGGCAUGAGCCUCUGCCUCGCCCUGAUGUUCAUCUGCUCCUGGUACUACGCCCUCUUUGCCAUGCUCAUCGCUGGCUGCAUCUACAAGUACAUCGAGUACCGCGGGGCUGAGAAAGAAUGGGGAGAUGGCAUCAGGGGUCUGUCGCUGAAUGCUGCCCGCUAUGCCCUGCUACGUGUAGAACAUGGGCCUCCCCACACCAAAAACUGGAGGCCGCAGGUGCUGGUGAUGCUGAACCUGGACUCGGAGCAGUGCGUGAAGCACCCCCGCCUGCUGUCGCUGACCUCGCAGCUGAAGGCCGGCAAGGGCCUGACGAUCGUGGGCUCGGUGCUGGAGGGCACCUACCUGGACAAGCAUGCGGAGGCCCAGCGGGCAGAAGAGAACAUCCGCUCGCUGAUGGGUGUGGAGAAGACCAAAGGCUUCUGCCAGCUCGUGGUGUCCUCCAACCUGCGGGAUGGCACGUCCCAUCUGAUCCAGUCAGCUGGCCUGGGGGGCAUGAAACAUAAUACGGUGCUCAUGGGCUGGCCCUCGUCCUGGAAGCAGGCGGACAACCCUUUCUCCUGGAAGAACUUUGUGGACACCGUGCGCGACACGACCGCUGCGCACCAGGCCCUGCUGGUGGCCAAGAACAUCGACCUCUUCCCACAAAACCAGGAGCGCUUCAGCGACGGCCACAUCGACGUGUGGUGGAUCGUGCACGACGGGGGCAUGCUCAUGCUGCUGCCCUUCCUCCUGCGCCAGCACAAGGUGUGGCGGAAGUGCCGCAUGCGCAUCUUCACGGUGGCCCAGGAGGAUGACAACAGCAUCCAGAUGAAGAAGGACCUGCAGAUGUUCCUGUACCACCUCCGCAUCAGUGCCGAGGUGGAGGUGGUAGAGAUGGUUGAAAACGACAUUUCUGCGUUCACCUACGAGAAGACGCUGAUGAUGGAGCAGCGCUCACAGAUGCUGAAGCAAAUGCAGCUGUCCAAAACCGAGCGCGAGAGAGAGGCACAGCUGAUCCAUGACAGGAACACAGCGUCCCACACCACGGCGGCGACCAGGCACCAGGCGCCGCCACCGCCUGACAAGGUGCAGAUGACCUGGACGAAGGAGAAGUUGAUCGCAGAGAAACACAGGAACAAGGACGCCGCCGUGUCGGGCUUCAAGGACCUCUUCAGCAUGAAGCCAGAGUGGGGAAACCUGGACCAGUCCAACGUCAGGAGGAUGCACACGGCUGUCAAGCUCAACGGUGUCGUCCUCAACAAAUCCCAAGACGCCCAGCUGGUCCUGCUGAAUAUGCCGGGGCCUCCUAAAAACCGCCAGGGGGACGAGAACUACAUGGAGUUUCUUGAGGUCUUGACUGAGGGGCUGAACAGAGUCCUCCUGGUCAGGGGUGGCGGCCGUGAGGUCAUCACCAUCUACUCCUAAUGCUGGACUCACCUGGACAGUAUGAGGUCUGUGCUGGCAGCUGCAGCUGGCCUGAAGCCCACCAGGACGCUGUGUAGUGACGGCCCCAGCCCUGUCACACGUGGCCUAGCUCACCAGGAUUUCGCACAGUGACACUCGUCACCCCGCCACACGUGGCUUCCCACACGUUUUAGAGGACACCCUGGGCUUUCUCCAAGUGGAAGAUAACUCCAGGCAAUGAGGAGCAAAGGAGCCCCACGGGGCUGCGUCUCUCGGCACCCAGGGAAGAGCUGGGUGUGCCCAGGAUCCUGGGGCUGGCUCUCCCCGUUGUAUGUAGCGUUGACCCUCCAGACUGUCAGGUCACUUCUGCGGCCGGCUGUCCAGCAGCUAUGAGAGUCACCUUGCCUUUCCACCCUGUCCAGAAGACUUCGUGAACAAACCGCGCGGUUCCUCGGGGCUGGAAGCCAAGCAUCAGCGAGGCUGUGGGGUUCCCCCCCCCAACUGUCUCCACGCUAGGCCGAUUGUCCUCAGUUAUGCAUCUGUACAGUGGGCAGGUCGAAGACUCUCUGCUCUCGUCUCCCGUCUCUGCGUCUCCUGCGUACACUCCACGCACGGGCAAGGCUCGGGGCAGAACCCCCCACCCCCCAGAAAGAAAGGGAGCCAGUGUUCCAGGGGAGGAGGUAGGAGUGGGUGUCCCAGCUGGAUUUCAGGCCCCAGGGAAAGAGCCCUGGCCGAGGAGCUGGAGCUGCGGGCAGUUGGUUCACCUUCCCCUCUCUUGGGAACCUGGCCACGUCGUUUCAUGAGCACUGUCAAGCCCCAGUCCAGGAGCCUCAGGCAGGUGAUCACAGCAAAAGCCAGGGUGGGUCACGCAGAGACGGCUGCGCACAGUGCAGGUGCCUGCCCUCCGGACCCGGGGUAGCCAACGUUGCUCUUCCUGUGUCCCUGCGUGCGUGGCGUACCCCUCUCACGCCUUGCCCUCCCUCUGGGAAGGGCCUCUUCCCCUUGGCACCAGCAGCCGUGGCACGGGGUCUGCCUGGCUGAGCCCCGCGUCCCCGGCCGCGGGUGCUGUGUUUUCUAGCUGGGAAGGCCGCAGCCUCCGUACCUUUUCCAGGGCCUGGCGGCAUAAUUUGCACUUUACCCUCGAGCUCUUUCCUCUUUAGGUCAGGGUCUGUUUCACAGGCUGUGGGCAGCGGCGGCGAUCUGUGGCUCGCUUUCUGUUGUGGUGUAUUUAUUUAUUUAAACAUCUCGGGGAAGCACGAUGAGAGAGCUUCUUUGCAGGGCCCUACAGCGCCAGGCGCUGGGCUGUCUUCUUGCUUCUCCGAGUGUCCAUGUCCACAGAGUUCCAGUUAGGGUGUAGGCUACGCACACCUUCCUUAGGCACCCACAGAUCAGCUUGCCUUCAGAAUGACCGCUCCCCAGCGUGUGUCCCUGGCAGGUCCCAAGGUUUCCACUCCUGCUGCUUUGAGUCGGCCCCCCGAAGUGGCAGACCUUUCUAGGUCCUGGGUCCCCUGCCUGGGGAAGCCUUACCUGUCUGGAGUCCCUUUUCCCUCGCAAGCUCUGUCCUUGGAAACAGCAGCCAUUUCCGAUCGGUUUCACGUUUUCCUUUUAUAGGCUCUCAUCUUUGUAUGGUUUUGUUAGUGGAAGAAUAAAGUCCUGUGAAAUCUUGA